AUGUCCAGACCGUUGGUUAAAGGCGAACCCCAUAUCAAUCUACAUUACACAUGUGGAAAGGGCGACUCUCGAGAACAACCCUUGUUUUCGGACCUCUACGACUUCUCGGUUCCUGGUCCUUUCAAUUCGCUUCUCCUACACCGUGUGCCAUCUGCAUCAUUAUACCCCGAGGAGAUGUUGGCGCAGUGGUCCCCAAGACCGCCCCAGCCGCCAUUCAUCCACGCCCACACAGAUGACGACAAUAUUUGCACCAGGAGAGGUACUGAACGCAGUUCCAUUUCUUCCCUGAUUGAAUAUGGUGAUCGGCUCUCUGAACAGUCUUGUCAUCGUCCUCCAAGUCUACUUCCACCAGCACCACAACUGAAUCGGACCCCAUCAGACACCAUCAAGGUUGAGUGCCGAUUAUCAUCCCCAGAGCCACCGCUCGGGUGUCACGAAAGGAACACAGACUCGACACCGAGAACACAGCGAGAGCUGCUGCAUCAAUUGACUGCACAGCUUGGAGGAAUCUCUCUAGAACAGGAGACUCUAUUGACGCCCCCAACAAGUCCAGUCACGCCGGUUCCAUCUCUGACGAACUCACACCGUUCUGAUUCAUCCUUUGCUAUAUCUGAAAGCUCUCCUUGCCCAGCUGUCGGCUCUUCCAAGGAUUACUUUGAAAGUUUGCUAGCGGAUAAUUCUCACGAUGUCAUGGUACCUCACAAGAGGACGGGCGAGGCAAAUACCGGUUCUGGCAUUCGCAGCAUCACCCCCCCGCUACCCAAUUCUCUUCUAUAUCAAAACACCCAGCUCGGUCGGGUGCCCCAGGCCACAAAUCUCUUGAGUGGUUCCAAAUUUGUCCCACCCCAACCUUUGCCAAAUCCCGAUUUUGGUGUUACAGCGAUACAUUUACCUCAAGGUUCCCAAGAACAUCACGAAAUCUCCUACAUCGACUGGGAUGAUGACGACAGCUCCAGACACCAUAAUUCACCACUCACGCGUAUUAAAAAAAGCUUUACGGAUCUUCGUGCCGCCGAACGCUUCAUCUCGGAGGCCAACAUACGCAAGAAAGGCAAUUUGACUCCACGAAAAGAAAGCAGGGGCAGUAUUUCCAAAGUGCAAGAUCGCGAGGUAUGUAAAGCGUCUCGAGUGUCUAGACAACACCAGCAGCGGCCUUACAGUCCGAGAUCCACGCUGUCGUUGAAAGAGGAGAGCAGUCUGACAAGACUCUCAUCGAGGCUGCGGAAAAAGCCCAGCAUUAAGUUGCUCUCUCACAGCCUGUCUAAAACGACACCUCGGACUGAGACAUCAGAGCGAAAGACUACUCAAAUGGUUGAAAGCAUAAAGCCGGAUGGCUUGUUGUCGGCACCGCCACGGAACACAACCACGCCUCCAGCAUCACCAUCAAUGGGCAACAAGAAACGCGCUAACAAAAUGACAUCAGAGCGGUGGAAAGAGGCGCAAAAGAAGAAAGUAAAGUUUGCCGUCCUUGGGAGGCAGGUUAUGCGGCUUCUCGGGUCCAAGCAGGUGCAUUGA